AUGCAUGCCCAUGAAUUCUGGCUUGCGUACCAAAGCUCGGGCCUCUCCUGCUUGCCAGCCACGCAGGCCACAAGCUUACAAACAGUGGCAGACCUAAAGAUCGAAAUUCAGAACAAGGAGCAGAUACCAUUGCAAGAGCAGCUUUUGGUGUUCAAUGCGCAGCCCUUGAGAAACACUGCAAGACUUUGCGACUAUGGAAUCGGUCAUGAUUCCUCCCUGAACCUUGUUCGUGUCAUGCCCUUGGAGUUGAAGAUUAUGACGGCUCGUGCCAAGUGGAACAUCCGGUUGCAGCCGCAGGAUACUGUGGCGGAAAUCAAAACGUUCGUGAACGAGAAGAUGUCGAUUCCAGUGGAGCAAAUGCUCUUUAUUUGCAGAGGUAAGCCAUUGGAGGAUGGUCCCACGUUGCAAGAGAUGGGCGUUCAGUCUGGUGACCAGGUGGCGUUGAUUCUGCGUCUCAAGGGAUGCGGCCAAUUCAUCGUGGAGACGGACGAAGGAGAUUCCUUCCGUGUGGAUGGCGCCUGUGCCGAUCGGACGGUGGCGGAUGUGAAGACGGCCAUCCGCGACCGCACGGGACCGCACGACCGGCAGUGA